GUAUAAAAUUGAUUAAAGUUUUGAGCGUUGAUAAAUAAAGUAUCGAUUAAGUCGUUUAAAUUAAAAAUAAUUUUUAUGUAUUUUUUUUUUUUUUUUGUAAAUAAUAAAAAACAAAAUGACAACCCUAGAUUCAUUCAAUUAUGCAGUAUUACCUGGAAACGACUUAUCGAAAAUAAUUUUGAAAGGAGACACCUCAUGUAAGAAAAGUGAAAAAAUAAUUGGUCCUGGUCUCAAUUACUGCGAUAAUAAUAUAUUUGUGAAUAAUAGUGGAAUUUUAAAAAAUAAACAAGGUAAAUUUUAUUGGGUUGAGCAUCAGAAAAGAAAAUAUACACCGUCAAAAGAUGAUAUAGUUGUUGGAGUUGUGGUUGCCAAAACUUCAGAAAUGUAUAAAGUAGAUAUUGGAUCGACAGAAUCAGCUACUUUACCAUACUUGGCAUUUACUAAUGCUACUAAAAAAAAUAGGCCUGACAUUAAAAUAGGUAAUGUUUUAGCUGCUCGUAUUAAAGUAACAACCCCUUAUAUGGAACCAGAAAUCAGUUGUGUAGAAUAUGCCAACAGUGUUAUUUUGGGCCAACUGGAAAAUGGAUUUUUAAUUAAAGUUAGUAUAAAUUAUGCAUUAAAGUUGAAAAUGUCUGAUAACACGCUACUAUAUCAACUUGGAAAGUAUGUGCCUUAUGAAAUUGUAAUUGGUAUAAAUGGACGAAUUUGGAUUAAAACUGCAACUGUACAAACAACUAUAGCUAUUGUAAAUACAAUUAUAAAUGCAGAACAUACUAUAGAUGAAGAUAUACCAAAUUUAAUUAAAAUAUUUGAAAAAAAUUUGACUUUAUAAAAUUAUCAUGUAAUUUUAAAUUAAUUAGAAUACAUUUAUAUAAUAAUUUUUAAGCAUUUAUAGUAUAAUUUGUUAAAUAAAUUUUCUUCAUCCAAAUUAAAUGAGUUUAUAACACCCUUCCUUGAAUAGAUGAUAUACUUCAUUUUUGGUUUUUUUUCCAUUUAAUGUAACUUUUCAUAUAAUGAAAGUCACCAACUCAAUAAAUUUACUGUAUAAAUUCAAUCCCAAUAUAUCAAUUACAAACUAGAACAUUGUUUUUUACCAGAUUUAAUUUAAAAACAAAUAAUCUACUCAUUUGUUGUGAUAUCUUAUCUAAGACACUGUUUUGAUGGUUAUUUUAACUUAAGCUUAAGUUUAUCUUGUAUUAUCUUAUAUCAAUUACUUGUAGAUCAAAUUUUAUUCUGAACUAUAUAAUUACUAUAAUUUCCAAUGUACAUCAGAAUCUUAUGUAUAUUGUAGAUCUAAUUAGAAAUAUAUAAGAUAGAAUUUGUCAAUUAGUCUUAACAGUAGCUUUAAUCAAUUCAAAGGCAUACGUGAAAAUUUGGUAAAAUUUAUAAGAAGGCUGAAUUAUCCAAAAUAAAGUGUCCGAAAUGCUUACAUAUAAUAAUAUAAAUAAA